GGACGAAAAUAAAAAGUUUGAUAUGACACAGCAAACAAAAUUAACAAAGGGAAACUUUUUCACAUUGAAAUGAAAGGGUGUUAAAGCGAAAAAGGCGAAUAUAGAAAAGUUCAAAACUCCCCUUGCAAACACCCCUAAAACUGGCACUAACACUAGAAAUCAAAUCUAUAAUAGCAUUUGCAUUUGCAUUUGCAUUUGCAGUUGCAGGAAAAGAUGGCUUCUCCUUCUCUUGCAGCUUCCUUCUUCCUCCUCUUUCUCACUCUGCAAAGAGCCUCUGGCAUCGGCAUGAACUACGGCACCAUGGGGACCAACCUCCCCUCCCCGAAGCACGCGGCGGCCGUCCUCCAACACACCCUCAUCGACAAGGUUAAAAUCUAUGAUACCAAUCCUACAAUCCUCCAAGCAUUUGCAAACACAGGCAUAUCAGUCGCCGUGACUGUCGAAAAUGCCCUUAUCCAAAACCUUAGCACCGGAGGGCCUCCAGCUGCUGCUGACUGGUUUUCUUCCCAAGUUGCCCCAUUCCUCCCUGCUACCCCGAUCACCCUCAUAUCAGUCGGGAAUGAGGUUCUCGCCUCUGACAGCCAGAAUUACGAUCUCGUUCCUGCCAUGAGGAACAUUCAAUCGGCGGUCGAGAUGUCAGGUCUUGGCCGCCGGAUCAGGGUGUCGACGGCUCAUAGCAUGGCUGUUCUGGGAGCUUCCUUCCCCCCUUCGGCCUCGACUUUUGAUGAGAAGCUUGAAGGGGUUAUGAAACCACUACUUGAGUUCUUAGAGGAGACGGGAGCUCCAUUUUUGGUGAAUGCUUAUCCAUAUUUUGCUUAUAGGGAUAACCCAGAGGUGGAGCUGGAGUAUGUCCUGUUUGGUAAUGCAACAGGCGUGAAGGAUCCUGCUGGUUAUGAGUACAAGAACAUGCUCGAUGCUCAGGUGGAUGCAGUGUAUGCUGCAAUGGCAGCUUGGGGGCACAACGGCACCAUAGGAGUAACACUCUCAGAGACAGGGUGGCCGUCAGCAGGUGGAAAAGGCGCGACGCCGGAAAAUGCCCGUGCUUACAAUGAAGGGGUUAUAGCACGAGUGAGAAGCCGAGCGGGCACUCCAAUGAGGCCAGAGCGAGGCCUGGAGGCCUAUCUCUUCGCAUUAUUUGAUGAGGAUAAGAAGACAGGGCCACCAACAGAGAGGAAAUUUGGGCUCAUGAGAUCUGAUGGAAGUGCAGCCUAUGGGGUCGACUUGAGUUGUCAGUUUUGUAGUCAAGAAAAAACUCGACCAGGGUCUGGAAGUCGGAUUGGAAGGGGCAGUGGAGCAUCAGUGUGGUGCGUGGCCAAGCCCCAUGCUGCCGAGGCUGCUUUGCAAGAAGUGCUGGAGUUUUGCUGUGGGGAGGGCGGGGUGGAUUGCGGGGCGCUGUACGGAGGUGGUGCAUGUUAUGAGCCGAACAAGGUUCAUGCUCACGCCUCUUAUGCCAUGAAUACUUAUUACCAGAUGCAUGGGAGGAAUUACUGGAACUGCGAUUUCAAGGGCAUUGGGCUCGUCACUUUCACUGAUCCAAGUUAUGGAGUUUGUCAGUAUCCUCAACAGUAGCAUCACUGGAUGCAGCGCUCUGAUAUCAUCUGUGUCUACAGUCUGCCAAAUACUUGUAUUACUACAAUAGUAAAUCUCUUACUACUAUAGGUUCUUGCAAGUAGCAUCUUUAAUAGACUUUGUUCUCUCAUCUUAUAUACACAUGCGUUAAGAUACACUGAAAAGCACAUCAGCUCCAAGCUUCAA